AUGGAGCACAGGAUUGACCACAUCCAGACAGAACAGGGACGAAAUCUACACCCUGUCAGUGCUUUAAAUGACAUGGGGGCACUACAGAGAAUUAUCAGGGAGAUGAUGGAGCCUGAAGCCAGAAAAGGAGAGAGGCCCACUUACAGAAAGCCAUAUCCAGCUUAUAUUGAUCAAAUCCCUCUAUCCCCGGGUUUCAAGGUACUAAACUUCACCUUGUUCAACGGAGAAGAUCCUCAUGCUUCAUCAGUUGAGCAUAUAGGCAGUGAUCUUGCUGACCUCAAACAGAGUGAAGAUGAACCUGCUCAAGACUUCAUAACCAGGUUCAGAAAGCUCAAAAUGAAAUGUCGAAUCCCUAUGGAAGAAAGGCACUUCAUCCAGAUGGCUCAAGCUGCUCUCAAAAUCUCUAUGAGAAAAAGAUUUGACGAAAUGUUAUUUGGAGACCUGGCAGAACUGGCAGACAAGGCGUCUAAGUAUGAGGAGCUACUUAGGGAAUAA